UGAAUAAUUGACUGAAUGUGUGCACUCGUGGGUAAUUGGGCACAUUUUCUUCAACUACAAAAUCGAGAAAUCAUUUCGAAUAGUCCAAGUACUUAUUUAUAUUCAAUGUUUCCCUGGAAAUACACAUCGUGUUAAUGAUGAAAUUCGUUGUACGUGCUCAAUAACGUCGGGUUCAACGCCAAGGACAUUUAUGUUUUCAUUAAAUGAACGCAUAUCGAUUUAAUCAUUUUCCUCAUGGUUAUGCUCGCAUCAACAGCCGUGAAAGCACUUCCCGCUAUUUAACUGGACUUCUCAUCUGAUACUGAGCUCCUCCGUACGAAAAGCGAUUAUUAAUUUCUAACCUGACUCAGCCAGCAUCGAAGGUACCACAAGCAGAAGUUUAAAUUAAUUCUAUGACUUCACGUUAUCGGUCAUCCAAUUUCACGCGAUUUUCACUGUGUUGAGUUGUUUUCGCCGAAGGUGAACGAUGUUGGAAAAUGUGGAUAGUGAAUUUUCUGUGGACAUAAAACACUACGCGGAAAAUAUUCUUCACGAAACUACAGAAAACAGGCAGAAAGGUUUGGAAGAAUUGAUGAAAUGGGCGACAGCGAAUUCCAAUUUGCAUAUCAGAACCGACGAAAAAUAUAUCAUUCCAUUCCUGAGAGGUUGCAAGUUCGAUGUGGAGAAAACCAAGGAAAAAUUAACACAUUUCUACACCAUGCGCAGGGAUGUACCAGAGUGGUUUACCAAUCGAAACCCACAUUUGUCGGAAAUUCAGGAUUUGACCAAAAUGGGUACUUUUAUAGUACUCAAAGAAACCUUUGAAAACAAGUUGGUAAUGAUCGUCAGACCAACAAUGCCUGAUCCUUCGACUUACGAUUUGGAUACCAUAAUUAAAACGGGCACUAUGAUUCUGGAUGUUGCUGUAAUGGAAGAAGAACUGGCACAAAUAUACGGGGUGUAUGCUAUAAUAGAUCUAAAAAAUACAGGUUUUCGGCAUGUGAGGCAAUACACCCCAACACGAAUAAAAAAUAUCGUUAACGCUUGGCAAAACUACCAUUGCAGACCUAAGAAACUCCUCUUUAUCAACGCUCCUACGUUCAUUCAUGUCGUAUUGAACAUUUUCAAAAGCUUCAUGACACAGAAACUGAAAGAAAGAAUUCAAGUAAGCUAUGAAGGUAAUUCUGCUCUUGUAAACUCUAUUGAUACGUCAAUUCUGCCACAAGAUUACGGAGGUAACAGAGAAACAAUGAGCGAAUUAGGGUUGCAUUGGAUUGAGAAAUUGAAUUCAUAUAAAGAGUGGUUUUUUGAAGACGAGAAGUACAAAGCAGAUUAAUUAUUUUAUUAUCGAUAAUUUUUUAUACUAAAUUGUGAUGUAUACUAGAGAAAUGCUUCAUUAAACUAUUUCUGAAUAA